AUGGCUGCUCAAGACGGUCUGUCAAUCAUCUAUGGAGUCCCCACGAAAUAUGUCUCCCUCCUCACGCUGGUCCUCCAGAACUCUACCUUGGUUCUGACCAUGCGAUAUUCCCGAAUCCUCCCGGGCCCGAGAUAUCUGAGCUCAACCGCAGUCGUUCUCUCCGAAGCCCUCAAAUGUAUAAUAUGCCUAUUGGUCCACCUCCGCGAACAACGAACACGCUCCCGCUAUUCACCACUCCCCACCUUUUCAGAUAAUGCCAGUAGUACAUCCUCCAGCCAAUCCGGUUAUGGCUUCCGCCAGCUGUGGACGGAUCUCUUCAGUGUCAAGAGUGGAUUCUUUAAACUCCUCGUUCCCGCCAUCCUUUACACUCUACAAAACAAUCUCCAAUUUGUGGCUGCUUCCAACCUGGAUGCCGCAACAUUCCAGGUCACAUAUCAAUGCAAAAUCCUGACGACCGCCCUCUUCGCUGUCUGGAUGUUAGGACAGACUCUCUCGUCCAAAAAGUGGUUAUCCCUGGUGAUUCUCACCGCCGGGGUUGCCUGUGUUCAGAUUCCCUCAUCAACCACGCCACUCCGCGCUCAGCAGGGAAAUUAUGUGAUGGGAAUUGCCUCCGUGGCAGUUGCCUGUAUCUGUUCGGGAUUUGCUGGUGUGUAUUUCGAACGAGUGUUGAAGGGCGGUCAGAAUUCAUCAAUCUGGAUACGCAACAUUCAACUGAGUAUUGGAUGCUUGGCCAUUGCUCUCUUCGGCGCAUUGGUGUGGGAUGGUCAAGCAAUCCGCGAGAACGGAUUUUUCCAGGGAUACAACGCAGUCGUUGCGGCAACAGUCUGCAUUCAAGCCGCUGGAGGACUUAUUGUGGCAAUGGUCAUCAAAUACGCCGACAAUAUCCUCAAGGGGUUCGCUACUUCCCUCUCCAUUGUGCUAUCGACCAUCGCCUCGGUCUUCCUCUUCGAUUUUGUCCCCACCAUCUACUUCUUGCUGGGCUCGAUUUUGGUAUUUUGGGCUACCUAUAUGUACAGUAUGCCUGAUCCACCCAAGGCCAUCGACGUUCUGUCUUCGGACCCGUCUGAAAAAAGACCAAUCUUGGUGGUUGAGGAUUACGACGGUGAGGAGAGUCCUACAUUCCACUGCGAUAGCAAACCUUUCAGAGAUGAAAGCGAUCUUGAAUCGGGAGAUGAAGCGAGUCAAGAUAGUGCUAGUGUCUACGACCCUGACGAUGGCACCAACAGUCGAAAUUUUUCGCCCUCGCUGAUUCAACACCCAACCAUGGAGAAACAAGUGAUACAUGAGUUUGGUCAUGUCGGCUGA